AAGUCUUUAGUUUGAAUGCUUCAAAGUGCAUUCCACGAAGUGUUUGGGUAAUUUCCUUCCUACUUUAAUUUUUAUUUGUACAUAUCUGGUGCAAUCCAAUUGGUGUCAUUCAUCUUACUCGCUUGUUAUAAAGAAAAGAGAGAUGGAGUUCAUUGGGUUCUUUCAAGUUCUUAUCGUCGUCACUUCCAUCAGUACUCUGUUGUACACGUGCUUCAGAUCAUUAACAUUUUCUUGUUGGCCUUUUUCUACUACUUUUUCUUCUUCUUCGGGCGAUGAUGAUGAUGAUAUCCCUGCCCCUCGAGAAAAGUAUGAUGAUGAUGAUAUCCCAGCCCCUCGAGGAAAGUAUGAUGUGUUUAUUAGUUUCAGAGGUGAGGACACCAGCAAUACUUUUACUAGCCAUCUCCAUGGUGCCUUACUCCGGAAGAAAAUUGAAACCUACAUCGAUUACAGACUUGUGAGGGGGGGGGGGUGAAAUUGCACCUGCCCUUCUAGAAGCAAUCGAGAAAUCUACGCUUUCGUUGGUCAUUUUCUCACAAAACUAUGCAUCUUCCACCUGGUGUUUGGAUGAACUUGCACAUAUACUACACUGCAGGGAAAAAUAUGGCCAGUUGGUUAUUCACAUUUUUUACGGCACCGGUCCAUCAACGGUACGAAAACAAAAGGGGAGUUAUGAAGUUGCAUUUGCUCAACAUGAAAAACGUUUCAAGGGCGCUAUUGGCAAGGUGAACAUGUGGAGGGCUGCUUUGACGACUGCAGCUAAUCUAUCUGGCUUCUCAUACGAAACUGGGACGGAGGCCGAUCUAGUUAUGGAAGUUGUAAACGAAAUUUGGAGCCAGUUGAAUACUAAAUCGUCAAGUGUUUUAAAGGGCCUUGUUGGAAUGGAAAGACGCAUUCAUGAAAUUGAGUCAUCAUUAUGCAUUGAUUCACUUGAUGUAUACACUGUAGGUAUUUGGGGAAUGGGUGGCAUUGGCAAGACCACCCUUGCUGAUGCUGUGUUUCAUCGACUCUCUUCUAAAUUUGAAGCUUGUUGUUUUCUUGGAAAUGUGAGGGAGAAAUCGGCGAAAGAUGGACUAGUUCACCUGCGAAACACACUUCUUAGUGAGAUAUUAAAGGAAAAUGAUCUAAACAUCGGCACUCCAACUAUAGGAUCAGAUCUUGUUAGAAAGAGGAUGGGAGGUACGAAGGUCCUCUUUGUUCUUGAUGAUAUAAGUGAUUCAAAGCAAUUAAAUUUUCUAGCUGGAGAUCCUGCUCUGUUUGGGCCCGGAAGUAGAAUAAUUAUAACAACUAGAGACAAGAGCCUACUUCAGAAAAGUGUAGAGCAUAAUAAGAUAUACGAGGUUCAGGAAUUAAAUUCUGAUGAAGCUUUGCAACUCUUUCAUUUGAGUGCCUUUGGAAAUAACAUUUCUAGAGUCGAUUGUGCAGAGUUGUCAAAACUUGUGGUAGAUUAUUGUGGAGGGAUUCCAUUAGCUCUUCAAAUUUUGGGUUCCUCAUUCCUUCAAUGUGAGAUCAAAGAAGAUUGGCUGGAUGAAUGGAAAGAAUUUCCAAGAGAAAAGAUCUGGAAAGUGUUGAGAUCAAGUUAUGAUGGAAUAAACGAAAUUGAGAAGGAGAUAUUUCUUGAUAUAGCAUGUUUUUAUCAAGGGAAAGAUGUGUACAUUGUAAAAGAAAUGCUAGAUAUAUGUGGUUUUCGUGCAUCGGUAAUUGGAGCUCUGAUUGAUAAGUCUCUCAUAUCAAUUUCAACAAAUAACAGCCUGCAGAUGCAUAAUUUGUUACAAGAAAUGGGUAGGGCAAUUGUUUGCGAACAAUGUAUUGAAGAGCCCGAAAAAUGCCAUAGGUUAUUUGUUGAUGAGGAUUUCAAUCGGGAAUUGAAAACUAAUACGGAAAGUGCAACGCUACAAGCCAUUUUCUUUAACAGGUCUGCGAUUAAAGGGAUACUCUUGAAUCAUGUAGACUUCGAAAAGAUGUAUGAUCUAAGGUUGCUAUACGUUUAUAAUUCUAGCCGUAACAAGUACUGCGAAGUAAAAGUUUCUCUUCCCCGUUCUCUUACUUAUCUUGACUGGGAGGGAUACCCUUUCAAAUCUUUGCCAUUAAAACUUUGUCCGGAAAAUCUUGUUGAGCUUCAAAUGCGGAACAGCCAAGUUGAGCAACUUUGGAAUGAAGGCCAGAAUCUUAUGAAAUUAAGAGUGAUGGAUCUUGGUUUGUCAAAAAAUCUGAUGAAAGUUCCAGAUCUCUCCCAAAGUCCAAACAUUGAGCAUAUAAAUCUGAGUGGAACCGCAAUUGAAAGCCUACCUGAAAGCAUUGGUAAUUUGAAAUCUCUUGAGAAACUUGAUCUGAGUGGAACUGUGAUCAAGUGCCUACCUGCAAGCAUCAAAGAAGCUUCUCGGCUGAUUAGUCUGCAGUUAACCAAUUGCAAGAGCCUUGAAUCUUUACCAAAGCUUCCAGGGGUACGUUGGCUUCAAGCACAUGGAUGCACAUCACUCAAGCAAGUGUUGAGCUCAAAGACUGCACUUACAUUAGGUUGGGAUGAAUAUAAAAAUUCUCAAGGACUUCAAGAGCAACUUACAUUUUCAAAUUGCAUAGGAAUGGGAUCGGGUGCUUGGCAUGAUAUAUUUACUGAUUCGCAGAUUAGAUUUAUGCGAAUGGCAACUGCAUUGUCGAAGCACUUUAAACAAGAAGAUAUCGAAGUAGCAUCUCAUCUUGAAUUUGAAGAAGAAAGUAAAGAAUAUGUUUUUAGAUCUCCAGUCUGCGUUGUAUGUCCUGGAAAUAUAAUUCCAAGAUGGUUGCCAAGUAAAAGUGAUACAUCUGUACUACGGAUCAAACUUGGUCCAGACUUCUUUAACACUAAUUUUUUGGGUUUCGCUUAUUCGGUUGUUAUUGCAUUCAAGAAUUAUAAUGUUGGAGGGAGUUUGAGGCUUGGAUGUAAAAUCAAUUUCAAAGGCUAUGGAGAUCAUUGUAUCUAUCAUCGGAGUUGCAUGGUUGCCGAAUAUGGAGAAAUCAAUGAGUGCAAGUUUGAAACGCCGCACGUGUGCGUCUGGUUUAGUACCUUUGACCAUUUAAAGCAAGGAAGCUAUAAUGGCGUCACUGAGGCCAUAUUUGACUUCUACCCAAUAAUAGAUGAUUGUCCUGAUGGCGGAGUCGUUGAUUAUUCCAUGAUUAAGGUGAAAAAGUGUGGGAUCUUCCCAAUGUACGCCCCAGUUGAUUGGAUAUUGGCAUCAAGGAUGAAACGGGUGAGGGAGCUACGUAGAAGCACACGAAACAUUUCCGCAUUUAGUAGAUCUCAUGUUUAACAGGAGGUCAGUCAGAUCUGAUAUGAGUGGAACUGAAAUUGAAAGCAGCCUACCUGCAAGCAUUGGUGUCACAUCCCGAUCCAGUCCGCAUAGUGAGAUAUUGUCCGCUUCGCAGUCUCACGGAUUUGUUCUUGGGCUUCCACGAAGCCCAAAACGCGUCUCACUAUAGGAAGGUGGGCAUGUACAUAUAAGGCACAGGUGGUCCUCUCCCUUGGGCAAUGUGGGACUCUACAAUUGGUAAUUUGAAAUAUCUUGAGAAACUUGAUCUGAGGGGAACCACUAUUAAAAACCUACCUGCAAGCAUUGGUAAAUUGAAAUCUCUUGAGAAACUUGAUCCGAGUGGAACUGCGAUCAAGUGCCUACCUGCAAGCAUCAAAGAAGCUUCUCGGCUGAUUUGUCUGUGGUUAACCAAUUGUAGGAGCCUUGAAUCUUUGCCACAGCUCCCAGGCGUACGUUGGCUUCAAGCACAUGGCUGCACGUCACUAAACAAAGUGUUGAGCUCAAAAUGUUGAGAAAAAGGAAUGAUUUGGAAUGGUCACUUUGUAUAUUUAAUCCCUUUCCUUGAUCGUAGGAGUGUUGGUGAAAUAAUAUCUUGUAUAGGCUGAUUUGUAGGAUCUAAAUUGAUCCCCGUGUUGUAUAUAAUCUCUUGUACCAAUACAUUACAAUAUAUGACAUUCAGUUUUUACAUGGCA